AUGAAUUCUGGUUUUGUCAUGGGUGAUAUGCCUUUCAGGUACCUUGGUAUCCCUCUCAAUGCUAAAUACUUGAAAGUGAAUGAUUAUGAUAGUCUGAUUGAUAAAAUGCUGAUGAGACUACAAUGCUGGAGUAGCAGAAACCUGUCCUAUACUGCUAGAGUCACCCUUGUUAAUUCUGUUCUUAUGAGCUUACAUACUUAUUGGGCUCAGUGUGUUCUUUUACCUAAGAAAGUGCUUUGCAGACCUAAGAGGUGUGGUGGUUUAGGUAUUAGGAAUUGUAGAAACUGGAACAGAGCUACUCUAGGAAACUAUGUUAGGAAAAUUGCAAAAAAAUCUGAUUCUUUAUGGGUUAGAUGGGUUCAUUCUGUAUAUAUCAAGGAGGAUGAUUGGUGGGAUUAUAAACCAAAAAAAGAUGUUGGUUGGGCCUGGAAGUUGUUAUGUAAGGUCAAAGAUGAGCUUAGAGAGGGGUUUGAAACUGAGGAUUGGUUAAAUAAAAAGUACAGAAUCAAAGAUGGCUACAAAUGGCUUCAGGGUAACAUGGAUAAAGCAAACUGGUAUGACUGGGUUUGGAAUCCCUUUAACAUUCCUAAUCAUACUUUUAUUUACUGGCUUUUAGCUCUGGAUAGGCUCAGAACUAGAGACAGGCUAGCUCAGUUUGGGGUCUGUAACUCUAUUGACUGUCUUUUGUGUGGUGAGGAUGUUGAAACUAGCAAUCAUCUUUUCUUUGGUUGUAGUUAUAGUACAAUGGUCAUUGAUGAUGUUGCUCACUGGCUUGGUUUCCUAGUUCCAUUUUGCAGUCUCUUAAUAGGUAUAAGAACUGGAAAAUGA